AAAUAUGUGCAUCUUGCGCAUAGCAUUUGUACUUUUGGAUUCUCCUCAAAGGAGAAUAUUGUUUUUGCUUCUCCCUUGUCAUUUUUUGAGCAUGGCAACGCUGUUUUAUUUUGACUGGCCUCUUAGCAGCUGCUUAAAAGUUAUUUGAGAUGAGCAAAAAUAGGGGUAAGCCUCAGUUGGAAUAAGGGUGAACUGAGUUCAAGCGAGCUGGGUAUAGGGGUUUCCAUGCUUCUCUCAUGUGGAGCGCUAGGCGGACAGAUAUGUUGAAAUGGGCCAGCCCCAUAUCACGGCAAUACUCUGAUAAGCGGUCACCUCUGUCUCUUGUUUCUUAUCUAUCCAAGUUUGCCUGCAAUAACUCUGCUAAUAAGCACCACACCAGCCAUUUGGGUGAUUGCGACGUCGCUCCUCUCACGGAAUCGGACUUCCAGCCAGAUGAGCCCGGGAAUCUUUCUUCCCCUCAAAACGUUCAACUAUUCAUCGAUCUCCGCCGAUUAUGUCUGGUCGUUUCAGAAUGGUUAGAUCUACGACAACCUUCCCCAGCAAUUACCUCAAAUAUAAUGACGGUAUCGAAGCCAGCACUGCAGAGCUUGAGGACUGGUACAAAGGAACUCUCUUCGAUAAUUCAAGCGCCGAAAGAUGGCACUCGGUUUACGAUAUGGAACGGUGUUCUCCACAUAGCCUAUCACGCCCUCCAUUUCCGACUUGCGACCUCCCUGCCCCCCAGGCCAAUCCCUUGCUGCCAGCACUCGGCAACCGUAAGCAUCUCACCAAUCUGCAAAGGCUAGGACGAGCUAGAUAUGCUAGGUUCGUUGUGGAAUUUGGCUAUCCGUGAAUCUGGUCUCGCUAUGGGACAGCAUGCACGGGAGGCAAAUGGAAAGGAUGAUAAAAUUGCUGCAGCUGGGUUGAAAGGCCUACGAAAAGGUCUACCAAUGAUGAGAAAUCUGGGAAGGAGAAGCAGUGAGGCUAAGCAGGGACUCAUGUUUUAUGAACAAGUGAUCAACAAGCGAGCCUCUGGCUGGGAGAGGUAGC